CAGUUUGUGACCUUCACAUUCUUCAGUGAGUUUAGUAAAUCAUUCCCAGGUGAUCAGAGUCAAUAUGUAACCAAUAACUGAGUCAAUAUGUAACCAAUAAGUGAGUUUUUCUCUCUGACUUUACCUGAUCAGAUCUCUGGUGAUGAUUCUUUUGUUUCUGUUAUUUCAGGAUCUUUUUUCUGCUGUGAACUGAAACAUUCCUGGAUGUUUGACGUUUUCGUGUCUCUGCCUGUACCUGAGCUGCUCACCUGGCAGCAGCUCCACCUGUGUUUUCCAGAGUGGGCGGAGUCAGAGCUGCUGGGUCACAGAGUACAGAGUGUACUGGAGGACAGAGUCAAACCUGGCAACGUGGAGGAGCAGGCAGGAGGAUCAGUGGGCCGCCAUGAAACGCUGCAGGAGCUGGCUUGGACUCUUAGCUCCAGUGAAAGGAUCUCUGAAUGCUUCAGUAAACCAAGACAUUCUGGACGAUUCCAACUGUGGGAACAGUUUGGACCUGAACUCUUCCUCUUCCAACAUGAGGAAGAGGAGUUCUAGCUGCAGGCGGUGGACCAACAUCAGAUUGAACCUUAUGGGUCAGGAAUGGAUUUCAUGAAGCUCAUAUGUGAGUCCAGGCAGGAGCCAUUAGUCCCGUCAUCAUGACGUCACGUUGCGUCAGUCCCAGCAGCAUCUUGACUUCCGCGUUUCUCUCCAAAGUAGCUUUACGGCUAACAGCGUUUCCAGAUGAUAGAAAUGGUUUCAUUAAUGGUCUCGUUGCUCUGGACUCUGUGGAUCAGCUCUGUCUCUGCUGAAGGUCAUGUAGAGGUCAGAGGUGAACCUGGACAGUCCAUCACUCUGCCCUGUAGUUCUGCUGCCAAUUCAUCUGUUAUCGUUGUUCAGUGGAGCAGAACCGAUCUGGGCUCAGAGUACGUUCUUCUGUUCAGAGACGGUCGGUUUGAUGUAAGGAAACAGAACCCGUCUUAUCAGAACCGGGUGGAUCUGGUGGACCGACAGAUGAAGGAUGGAAACGUGUCUUUGGUUCUGAAGAACCUGACGACUAACGAUACGGGACUAUAUCAGUGCCAAGUCCAGAAUGAAGGAGGCCCUGAUACUGAACUCAUCAGAACCAUCAGACUGGAGGUUCUUAGUCCAGAGAACAAAAAUGGAGGAACCAGCGAUGGAUCAAUCGGACUGAUAGUUGGUCUGAUCUUAUUGAUCUUAUUGGCUGUUGUUGUUGUUGUUGUUUUAUUUCUGAUCUAUAAAAAUCAAUCUGCUUGUUUCAGGAAGAAAAGCUCAGAUCCUCCAGCUGAUCUGUAGAUUUACUAUAAAUGCCUUUAAUCUGUGGACAUGACUUACAUCAGAUUAUUGCUGUGUGGAUGGAUGUUUCAUCUGGCAAAUAUGAGUUGAUUUUCUCUUGCUGACAGAUAAACCUGCAGUCAUAAAUCAUGACUUGAUUAUUAUAAAAUAGUUUUGUACAAUGACUUCUGGACUGAAACUCAAAGGUGACAUUUUAUUUUUAGGCUGUUCCCACCAGUCCAAUGUCGUCCACUUUGAAUCUUUAAAAGCUACACAAUUAUUAUAACUACUUAAUAAAAGAAGCUCAAUCAGAAGCUAACUGAAGUUUUAUUAUUGCAUGGAAUGAGCUUCUCUUUGUAUUUAUUAAAAAGAUCAAAUUUAUACUAAUCUUAUAUAUUCUAGUGUUUUAUUGACAUCUAUCCAAAUCAUUUCCUGAAUCAAAUUUCAUCUCAAUUAAGUAAAAAUUUGAAGUGACAAUCAAACGAUGGCAGGUUGGUCCGUCCUGCUGAUGGAGGAGAAGGUAACUAAUUAUACCAGAUAUAUCAGAGGAUGGAGGUCAGUCAGUUUCUGCUGUGAAAAGUAGCUUCAGUAAAUAUGUAAGUUUUUAUUUUUUAAUGAAACUUGCAGACUGCAGCUUUAACCAUCAUGACAUUGCUGUCUUCAUGGACCCAUUGACUUGUAUGUAGGCCUUUUGAAGGUGAUCAUUAAGGGGUUAAAUGAUUCAGUUCCAGCAUCAAAGUAAAAGAAAAAGAAUCAGUUCAAACAGGAGUUCACUAUGUAGUACAGAGAAAUUCACUCAGCCGUACUGCAUCCUAAUAUUCACUCAUCACUUAAAGAACAUCUUUUUUCAGCCAGUCAAUAAAACUUUAAUCUGUAAAAAUAGUUUCUUUAUAUCAGGAAUCUAUAACUGAACCUUGACUAGAUCAUUGCAGAACUUGCUGACAUGCUAAGGAGGCUCCAGCAUCCCAACACUGGUCCAGGUGUGCUUCAGCAGGGAUGCAUGCAAAGGUUAAAGGUCAAUGCUACUGGAGGACUGGAGUUCCAGAUCGGUCCAGAUGUGGAUGUUUUAUUAUUUUUUAAUGAGAUCCUCAUAUCUACUGGAUCCUCAUCUAUGAAUGUUUGUGCUGUAAAGCACUUUGUGUUGCCUUGUUGCUGAAAAUGUGCUAUAUAAAUAAAAUUACCUUUAGUUGUGCAGACAUGAUUGAAUUAGCCAAUCAUGUGGUUUUUCAUGAUUACCCCAUGAUGUCUAAUUUAUUGGGUCUAAUUUAAAGAGUCAGAGAAAAACAUAAUGUACCACAUUUUAUAAACUAUAAUUCAGUUUUUUAUAGUUUUGUUGGCUCUGACUUGUAUUCAGGUGCAACUUGCAUGUUUUCUGCUCAUGCUGCAAUUUUUCACAGAUGCAAUUAUAGGAUGACUAAUAAUGUAAAAAUACAGAAAAAUCAGUUCAACAUUUAAUAAAGUUUUGUUUCUUUUUGCUUCUUCUUCAUUAUAUUUAUGUUCAUUAAAAGUAAAGCAGUUUUCAGACCUCAUUUUUUUCUAUUAUGUUUAAAAUGUUUAUUGUUCUGCAUCAGCUGGUGUUUUUUAUUUGGUUACAUGGAAAAUGAGUGUAAAUAACUAAUAAUGCAGCUAAGCUUGUUUACAUAGAUUUUUUUUGUUUUGUAGAGUUUUGUUCUGCUCUAAUCUUCCCACCAGACUCAUAAUUAAUGAAACUGUUAUUUUACUCUGAGCUGAACAGAUUCACCAUUUCAGUAUUAUUGAUGUUUGACUGAAGUGAAUAUCUAAACAAAAUAAAACUGAUUCAUCCAAACCA